CUCCCUCGUUUCACAUCGCACUACUAAAAAGCUCAUUCGCUCAAGAAUCUUCGUUAAUUUCCGCCCUUUUCUUCUUCUCUCCCUCUCUCUCACUGUCUCUCUCUCUCUCUCUCAAACCUUUCUUUCGCCACGCCCAAGCUAUGGAUCGAAGGAUUCGUCGCUUCAUCCUCCUCCUCCUCUCUCUCCUCGUCUCCUUCAGCUUCGCAAAAUCGCAGUCAUACAUCGGGGUGAACUACGGGGAGGUGGCGGACAACCUCCCGCCGCCGGACGCCACGGCCCGGCUGCUGAAAACCACGUCGAUAUCUAAGGUGCGUCUGUAUGGGGCCGACCCCGCCAUCAUCCGCGCCCUGGCGGGCACGAACAUCUCGCUCGUGAUCGGCGCGGCGAACGGCGACAUCCCCGCGCUCGCCACCGACCCCUCGGCCGCCACCCGGUGGAUCGCCGCCAACGUGCUCCCCUUCGUCCCGGACUCCCAGAUCUCCGUCGUCGCCGUCGGCAACGAGGUCAUCGAGUCCGGCGACGCCACCCUCGCCGCGCAGCUCCUCCCCGCCAUGCAGAACCUCCUCUCCGCCGCCGCCGCGGCGGGCGGCGCCGCCGCCGGGAUCAAGAUCUCGACCGUCAACACCAUGGCCGUGCUCUCCCAAUCCGACCCCCCCUCCACCGGCGCCUUCCACCCGGAAAUCGCGUCCAACCUGCAGCAGAUCCUCGGGUUCCUGCAGAAGACCAAUUCCCCCUUCAUGAUCAACCCCUACCCCUACUUCGCCUACCAGAGCGAUCCCCGCCCGGAGACCCUCGCCUUCUGCCUGUUCCAGCCGAAUUCGGGGCGGCUCGACGCGGGAUCGAAGAUCACGUACACGAACAUGUUCGACGCGCAGCUGGACGCGGUGAAAUCCGCGCUGGGGAGGGUCGGGUUCCCCGACGCGGAGAUCGUGGUGGCGGAGACGGGGUGGCCGUAUCGCGGGGACGCCGGGGAGGCGGGGGCGACGGUGGAGAACGCGCGGGCGUACAACGGGAACCUGGUGGCGCACCUGCGGUCCCAGGUGGGCACGCCGCUCAUGCCCGGCCGCUCCGUCGACACCUACAUUUUCGCGCUCUACGACGAGGACCUCAAGCCGGGGCCGACGUCGGAGCGGUCCUUCGGGCUCUUCAGGCCGGACCUCACCCCCACUUACGACGCCGGCCUGCUGCUCUCGGGCACCGCGCCGUCGACAGCGCCGUCGAGCUCGGGGCAGGGGAAUUCGACGUCGUCGGCGGCGGCCGGGUGGUGCGUGCCGAAGGCCGGGGCGACGGACGACGAGCUGCAGGCGGACUUGGACUACGCGUGUGGGCAGGGCGGGGUGGACUGCCGGCCGAUACAGCCCGGUGGCCCGUGCUACCUGCCGAACACGGUGCGGUCGCACGCCGCCUACGCCAUGAACCAGCUCUACCAGAUGUCCGGCAAGCACCCCUGGAACUGCGACUUCCAGCAGUCUGCCGUCCUCACCUCCGACAACCCCAGUUAUGACGGAUGCGCGUACACAGGACGCUAAAAUAAUAGUGUAUGGUUUAAGACGAAAUGUGCUUUAGAGGUGAAUAAUAUAAAGGUGUGCAUAAAUAAGAUGCUCUUUACCUUCUUUUUCGUUCUAAUAGCGCGGCAUAAUUGGUCCAUGUAUGUAAGGAAUAAAGUGCGGGAGAAUGUGCGGCGAGAAACUAACGAUAGGGGGUAACGCAUCCUCUCUUGUUCCGUACAUUUCUUUGCGCUGUCCGUGAAGCUUUUUGUAUACAAGGUUCCAAAUGUAUUGGUCCAUGUUAUUUUGUUAUGUAGCGCGUCAAUUGUAGUUGUGUUACAAGGAAUUGAAGUUAGAGAAGCGUGUGUGAAUAGUAUCAACUUUAGAGGUAUGAAAUUAGUAGUAAAAAUAGCCUAAAAGAUGAUGUGUUGGUGCUGUUGUUGCUGUUAUGUCAUUGAUAUGUAGCUUUGUGAAUGCAUUAUAUGGGUUGUUGUGUUGUGAUAUACAAUAUUAUGGAACAUAUUUUAAUUUUUUAAAUGGGGACAGUUUACUGACCCUUGGUUCUUUGCGA